UUAGUUUGCAGGGAACACAUCCCAGCUGCAGGCUGUGCCGGAGGGAUGCGGCAGCUUCCUAGAACGGGGUGAAUUCACCAGAAGUCAUCCCUGGCACCGAACUGCGGUAGCCACUCGGCAGAUACGUUGGGUUUGCGUGGCUUGGCUGCGUUGAGGCGCCCGUGCGGCUGUUGCAGCAAGAGGGAGGGAGGACCAGGGCAGCUCCAAUGUGGAGAAGGUUAUUCCAGAUGGGGGUUGGAUGAGUCUGGUGUGGGACUCACUGGACUUGCACCGUAGGGGACUGAAGGGUUGUCCUGGGAGGCCAAGCCCGCACGGCAUGGCCAGCAGCCUACCCAUGAGCUCGGACUUCCAGCAUUACAGUUUCAGGAUGCCGAACAUCGGGUUCCAGAACCUUCCUCUCAACAUAUACAUCGUGGUUUUCGGCACGGCCAUCUUCGUCUUCAUCCUCAGUCUGCUCUUCUGUUGCUACUUGAUCCGGCUCAGGCACCAGGCACACAAAGAGCUUUACGCCUACAAACAGGUUAUACUCAAGGAGAAGGUGAAGGAGCUGAACCUCCACGAGAUCUGUGCCGUGUGCCUGGAGGAGUUCAAGCCCAAGGACGAGCUGGGGAUCUGUCCCUGCAAACAUGCCUUCCACAGGAAGUGCCUCAUCAAGUGGCUGGAGGUGCGGAAGGUGUGCCCGCUGUGUAACAUGCCGGUGCUGCAGCUGGCACAGCUCCACGGGAAGCCGGACCCCGGCCCCCCGCAGGGCCCCCUGCCCGGGGCCCAGAACAUCGUAUAGUGCCCGCCGGGGCCGGGCCGGGGCCGGGGCCACUCCCGCCCGCGCCGCUCGGACACAGCCAAAGCGCCGGGGACGCAGCCGGGGAGCCCCGAAUCCCCACGGAUGAAGGGCCUGCCGCUCGAGCCCGGGCUCGGUUCCUCUGCCGGGGCCAGGAGUGGGGGCUCGGGAUCCUCAGCACCACAUCCUUCUUCCAGCACAUCCCUUCUCCGGGAAGCAGCGCGGUGGCACCUGGAACGCCCCCCCCCCAAGCCCCCGGUGCCUCCCGCGCCCACCCACGGCGCCCCAAACGCAGCGGGGACCCUCGAGCACCACGGCCGGUUCCUGCUCCCUCCUCUUCGCCUUUGGUUCCUUUGCCUUUGCCAUUCCCACCAGGAAAUGGAGCCUGGCCCCGGGAUCGUGCUGUGGUUGGGUGCCCCCUGGGCGCCGGCAGCGGGUGGGGCUGUGUGGGGUCUCCUGGGUUUGGACUCCCCACCCACCCUGCCCUGCCUGGGGGUGGUUGUCCCCCUCCUUGGCUACCUCAGGAGUCCCUGGAAUGGGCACCAUCCUGGUGUCACCCAUCAGCAUUGAGAGCCAUGGCGUGGAGGGGGCAGGCAACAAUCCUGGCUUUUGGGAUCAUCCCAUCGCUUCCAGCCUGGCCCUGGGGGUGUCUGGGCAGCCCCCCGAACCCACCAUCAGCGUGGGGGGGAGCUGGGCCACCCCCUCUCCUCUCCAGCCACAGAUCUGGGUGUCCCCAGCCAUCCUCACAACUCGUAUUCCCUGGAUUUUGGGUAGGGGGGGCGUCAGUAUUACACGGCAGUGGCUUUCCCGGGUGCAGGGCUGGGGGAGCGCCGGGUGCCGUCCCCCCAUCCCCUAAAUUCCUCCCAGGACUGUUUAUGGAGCGUGGAGCCUCAUAGACGUGUUUGUACACUACGGAUUCUGCAGCAGAAUAUUUUUUAAAACAUUCGCUGUUUUGGUUUUUGGUUUUGUUUUUGUUUUUUUUUUUUUCCUCUUGUUUGUUCGGUUUUUUUGUAAGCUCUAUUUUUGUAUAUUUAAUUGCUAUUUGGAAAUUCUAAUAAUGCGUCUUUUUUGCUAAUCACACUCUUCUUAAGGAAAGGAAACAAAAAGAAAAAAAAAAC